AUGGUUGUAUUGAAGGGUGGCGGUACGACUUAUGCGGUGGGUAAUGGCCGGCAAAUGCCUUGGGAGGAAGUUCCGGAGGGUUUUAAGCGUCGGCUUGCAGAACAGGAGGAAAUUACGCCAUGUGUUGAGUUGAGGGCCAUUGCGCAGCGUUGCAUUGAAGUGGAGGGUUUUUGGGCUCCAAAUUGUGUGGAAGCUACGGAACAAUUUCACAGCUGCCAGGCGCAACAUCUCGCGGGGUGUCUCCCCAACUGGACUCAUCACAACAAUAAUAAUAUUAAUAAUAAUAAUAAUAACAACAACAACAAUAGCAGUGAUGGUAAUGAAGGAGGAUGA